UCAGACAGGGAUGGGGGCGAGGGGGUAGAGUUAAAGUGUCAGUGCCUGCUUCAUUGUCGGUGCGGGCUGCUGGUGAGCAACAACUGUUGAUCAACUUCACACUUUCACUCUAUCCCCCACAAACCCCCAUCACUGCGGUGUGGGUGAUGUCUGGAUCCUACUGCCGGAGUUUGUACCCGUUCAGCGGGGAGCAGCACCCGCAAGGACUGAGCUUCCAGGCCGGGGACAUUAUUGAGCUGCUGCAGGCUGCGCCCGGAGGCUGGUGGCAGGGGGAGAGGGAUGGAUCCACAGGCUGGUUCCCCUCCAGCUAUGUGCAGGUCCUCGAGAGGACAGCGUCUCUGUGUCAGCUCCCUGUGGAAGGGCUCAGAGACCCCCUGCCUCCUCAAUGGAGAUGCUACAUGUCUCCACAAGGAUGCCGAUACUACGUCAACACCACAAGCAACGAGACGACAUGGGAGAGACCGUCCAGUGCACCUGGGUCGCCAAACACCUUCCUCCGCCACAAAGAUUCCCUGCCAACAGUAAAUGGAUUUCACUCAGGUACUUUGCAUCAUGUGGAACACUCUCACAACAGUGUGGUUAGGAAAAGCAGUUCAGAGCCACAGUGCCCAGGAUCAACGUCAGCCACCAGGAAACAGAACAAGGAUGCUUCAGUGACGGUUAACUCUGUGACGUUCCCGUCUCUUGCGUGCAUGCAGGAGCAACAGCUGCUGAAACCAAACGAGUGGAGCUACUGUGACUUCUUCUGGGCUGAUAAGAAGGAUCCCCAGGGCACCAGCUGCCUCACAGGAUUUGAGGUUUUGCUGCAGAAACAGCUGAAGGGGAAACAAAUACAGAAAGAGAUGGCAGAGUUUAUCAGAGAAAGGAUAAAGAUUGAAGAGGAGUAUGCCAAGAACCUCUCCAGGCUCUCCCAGACCCCUCUAGCAAGCCAGGAAGAAGGGACUCUGGGAGAGUGUUGGGCCCAGUUAAAGCAGAGCCUGGAAGACGAGGCUGAGGUUCACCUGAAGUUCUCCUCAAAGCUACAGAGUGAGGUGGAGAAGCCUCUUCUGACAUUCCGGGAGAACUUUAAGAAGGACAUGAAGAGGUACGAACAUCAGAUCGCUGACCUACGGAAGCAACUAGUUGGCCGCUAUGCGUCGGUGGAGAAGGCCCGGAAGACUCUGGCUGACCGACAGAGAGAUCUGGAGGUGAAGAAUCAGCAGCUGGAAAUCAAACUCAGCAACAAGAUUGAAGAAGACAUCAAGAAAGCCCGCAGGAAAUCCACACAAGCAGGAGACGAUCUGAUGCGCUGUGUGGACCUUUAUAACCAAUCUCAGUCCCGAUGGUUUGAGGAGAUGGUCACCACAAGCCUUGAGCUGGAGCGGCUGGAGGUGGAGCGGGUGGAGAUGAUCAGACACCAUCUGAGUCAGUACACCACCCUGCGACAUGAGACAGACAUGUUCAACCAAAGUACGAUGGAGCGAGUGGACCAGCUGCUGCAGUGUGUGGACCCCAUCAGAGACAGAGAGUUGUGGGUGGAGGAGAAUCAGACCGGGGUGAUCAGGCCAGUGAACGUAGAGAUCUGACCCCAGAUGUUCUUCAUUAUGCUCAUUCAUUGACUGGCUACAUCGUCCCUGAGGACCCGCUCUUGACUCCUAACACAACAGACUGCUCAGGAUGAUGUCAGUAUUUAUGGAGUCCUUGGAGAACCCUGAGUGAUGAAGGAAGACUGUGGAGUGGUUGUAAGUCGAGCAGCAGUGUGUCUGGUAAUUGUGUCGACAUACACCUGAAACUUAAUGCCAAAAAAUAAUUUAACACUAGCUGCUAAGCCAAAUGCAUUCUGACCUAAGAGUGAUAUUUCUAUGUACCAGAACUAGACUUUAGUAUCUCAAAUGACAGUCAGAUUUAUUGGCUUGUGUGGGCGAAUACUAAAGCUUAAACUCAGGCACCGUUCCUUACAGGUCUGGGUGUUGAGAAGUCUGAAGCUUGGACGGCCUGCUCGUCUAGCUGUGGUUGCUAAGCUAUAACAGAUCUUCCUUCUUUAAAAUAAGUAUGAAAUAUUACGUUUCAUUUCCACCAGUGUUUUACUUAAUUGCCAAAAGCACUUUAUACAUAAAUAACUCCUAGAAAUGUACUUUAAUUUGCUGUUUAUAUGGACAGUUUUCUAAAGAGAAUUGUCUUGUUAAACAUGUUAUAACCCACUGAAGGAGGGGGCCUGUUCGGGGUUUAGAAGGGCAUGGUGUACGUUUAUGAAGAGAGGCAGAAGAGUUUAAUGAUGUCAAAUACUAAUAGUAAAUCGUUUUAAACAAAGACAUAUAAUAUAGAAAUAUCUGGUACAGUUUAUAGCAAAAUGGAACAAGCUAAAUAUUUUUGAUGAAAUACAAAUAACUGCCCUCUUUAAUGUUUUACUUUUUAAACCAACUCUUCUCCAGUAUUACUGCCUACAAUUACUACUUCAGGGAGGAGUACUUCAGGGCUCAAGGUUUGCAUUUAUUAUAAAUAAAGAAAUAUAUGUCAAAACA